CACAUUGACCUGCCUCGUAGGAAUACUUUGCACGAUUCCAUAUUCUGUAAAAAUGUCCUCGCGACCGGAAUUGAAGGUAAUUUUUCCAAGAUCUGAUUUCUUCAACGCCACCCUAACACUAACACUCUACAGGUUGACGAUGAAGGCGGAUUCAUCAAGUUCUUCAAAUCCCUAUCUCCAAAAGACAAUGAUACCAUAAGAGUGUUUGACCGGGGAGAUUGGUAUACGGCCCAUGACGAAGACGCAUCUUUCAUUGCCAAAACCGUGGGUAUCGAAAUUACUUUUACCAAUUCGUAUCUAACUGAAAGCAGGUAUACAAAACUACUUCCGUUCUACGACAACUCGGCAGAAAUGACUCCUCUGGCCUACCAUCGGUUACCAUGUCCAUUACAGUCUUCCGAAACUUCCUACGAGAAGCCCUAUUUCGAUUAGGCAAACGAAUCGAGGUUUGGGAGAGUAGCGGACGCAUGAACUGGAAGGUUACAAAACAGGCUUCGCCCGGAAAUUUACAAGAUAUCGAGGAGGAAUUGGGAGGCCAAUUUGAUGGCGCCCCAAUUAUACUCGCCGUGAAGGUUAGUGCGAAGGCUUCGGAGGCCAGAAAUGUUGGGGUUUGCUUUGCAGAUGCGAGCGUUCGGGAACUGGGGGUUUCGGAAUUCCUGGACAACGAUCUAUACUCGAAUUUUGAAUCCCUCCUUAUUCAAUUGGGUGUCAAGGAAUGUUUGAUACAAGUCGAUAAGACGGAUAAAGAUGUGGAAUUGGCCAAACUAAAGACAAUCAUCGAUUCCUGUGGUAUCGCCAUCUCAGAACGAGCUUCAACCGACUUUGGCAUCAGGGAUAUCGAUCAGGAUUUGGCAAGACUUUUGAAGGACGAUAAAGCUGCGGGAACUCUGCCUCAGACAUAUUUGAAGCUAGCAAUGGGUUCGGCUGCGGCUCUGAUUAAAUAUCUGGGCGUUUUGCACGAUAACACAAAUUUCGGACAGUACCAACUUUAUCAACACGACCUUUCGCAGUUCAUGAAGCUAGAUGCAUCGGCUCUCAAAGCGCUAAAUCUCAUGCCUGGACCACGAGAUGGAGCCAAGAAUAUGUCGCUUUAUGGGCUUCUCAAUCACUGCAAGACGCCCAUUGGUAGUCGAUUGAUGUCGCAGUGGUUGAAGCAGCCUUUAAUGAGCAAGAAAGAAAUUGAAAAGAGACAACAACUGGUGGAAGCUUUUGUGGAGGAUACUGAGUUGAGACAAACCAUGCAGGAGGAGCAUCUACGAUCAAUACCCGAUUUGUAUAGACUGGCCAAGCGGUUUCAGAAGAAAAUGGCAAACUUGGAGGAUGUUGUAAAAGCGUAUCAGGUUGUCAUCAGACUGCCGGGUUUUAUUGGUACGCUUGAGGGAGUGAUUGAUGAGCAAUACCAAGAACCAUUGGAUGAGGCGUAUACCAUCAAAAUCAGGGAACACUCGGACAGUCUCGCAAAGUUGGUAGAAAUGGUUGAGACAACAGUGGAUCUUGCUGCUAUGGAUAACCACGAAUAUAUCAUCAAACCUGAAUUUGAUGACAGCUUACGAACCAUCCGAAAGAAGCUUGACCAGUUGAAGCAUGACAUGGACCAAGAACACAGAAGUGUAGGAAAAGAUCUGGAUCAGGAAGUAGAGAAGAAGCUUUUCCUCGAAAACCAUAAAACACACGGCUGGUGCUUCCGUCUCACGAGAACAGAAGCUGGGUGUAUCCGAAACAAGGGCAAAUACUCAGAAGUAUCAACGCAGAAAAAUGGCGUAUUCUUCACGACAAGCAAGCUUCAGAGCUACCGAAGAGAAUUUGAUCAAUUGUCGGAAAACUACAACCGUACGCAGAGUAGCCUGGUCAACGAAGUCGUCGGCGUCGCUGCUUCUUAUUGCCCGGUGAUUGAACAAUUGGCUGGUGUCCUUGCUCACAUGGAUGUUAUUGUGAGCUUUGCACAUUGCUCUGUUCAUGCUCCUACAUCAUAUGUGAGGCCAAAGAUUCAUCCUCGAGGCAAAGGAAACACGAUUUUGAAGGAGGCCAGACAUCCUUGUAUGGAGAUGCAAGACGAUAUUCAAUUCAUCACCAAUGAUGUUACUCUCGAAAGAGGCUCCUCUGAGUUCUUGAUUAUUACAGGUAUGUUCAGUGCCAUUGAAUCAAUCGAGUAUGCCAAUAGCUAACAUAUGUCUAGGACCGAACAUGGGAGGUAAGAGCACUUACAUCCGACAAAUAGGAGUAAUUGCUCUCAUGGCACAAAUCGGCUGCUUUGUACCAUGUUCCGAAGCUGAACUUACAAUCUACGACUGUAUACUCGCCCGAGUCGGGGCCAGCGACUCCCAACUCAAAGGUGUCUCCACAUUCAUGGCCGAAAUGCUCGAAACUGCCAACAUUCUCAAAUCCGCAACCUCAGAAUCUCUCAUCAUCAUCGACGAGCUGGGUCGUGGAACUAGCACAUACGAUGGUUUCGGCCUCGCAUGGGCAAUUUCAGAACAUAUUAUCAAGGAAAUUGGCUGCCAAUCCAUGUUCGCAACUCAUUUCCACGAACUCACCGCGUUGGUAGACCAAUACCCUCAAGUAAAGAAUUUGCACGUCGUAGCUCAUAUUGACGAUAACGGCAAAGCGAAGCGAGAGGUUACUUUACUGUAUAAAGUUGAAGAUGGAAUUUGUGAUCAGAGUUUCGGUAUCCAUGUUGCGGAACUCGUGAGGUUCCCUGAGAAGGUAGUUAACAUGGCGAAGAGGAAGGCAGAUGAGCUGGAAGAUUUCACUAGUAAACAUGAAGGGCAGGCCGUCAAGUAUGAGAAGGAGGAUGUUGAGCAGGGCAGUGCUUUGUUGAAGGAUGUACUUGUCAAGUGGAAUCAAGAGUGCGAGGGCAAGGAGUUGAGCAAAGAGCAGAAAGUCGGUUUGAUGAAGGAGUUGGUCAAGGGGAAUGAGAAGUUGUUGGCUAAUCCUUUCUUUCAAAGUAUUAAGGCUUUGUAAGAUCGUUUGGGCUGGAACGGAUUAGUGUGUUGGCGUUUUGGUGGGGUGGCUAUGGUUGGGGUUUUAUUGGGGAAUGGGAUAUGGGACAUGGCUGGUGCUGCGUGUUAUGUACAAAAUGGAGCAAUAUGAGAGCUAG